GCGUAGUGAUAGCGCACGUCUUACCUCUCUCCUGUGUUGUCAGUGCUCCAAAUCCAUUAUUUUGUUACUUUCUUCGACUGAGUUAUUCUUCGCCGUUGUGAAACUCUUUUACUUUUCUUCUACUUUGUGGAGCUUAUUGAAUCGGAUUCCUUCGUGAGAAAUGCAACUUAGAGAAGAAUUCGUGUUUAUUACUUUAAACUAAGCUCGGAUUUGUCAUCCUGAAUAAGUUGUAUUAGGUUAGAAGGAAAAGUGUAAUUCGGGAUUUACCUAUCGGCAAUUAGAAUUCCGCUCGUGGUCAAGAGAUCUACUCGCUAGGCCUUUGCUCAGGGAAGAAAAUAUUCUCCUGGAUUCUCUAUCAUCAUCUGGAAUGAAAUUAGAAAUAGCCUCAAGCCGUACGGACCGUAGUGUACCAGCCACCACAACCAUCCUCACAGUGCCUACCGUACAGCCUCGACUGCUCACCCAUAGCCUUAACUUGCCACCCACUAGUUCUGGACCCCCAAUUAAUUGCAAUAAAACGACCUACGAGUCGUCGCAUAGUACUAAAUCUUUAGUUUCCAACUCGAUUUUGGAUGUUCCCAACGACGCAUCUUCCGUCUCUACUACCCGCGACUCAAAUACGGAGUUUGGUCCAACGGACUCGCCCUCGGAACGAUUUCUGAUCGAUUGUGACGAGUCGAAUGAAGCCGCGACGUCCACUUCACCAACUACGGUGACAGACAAAAACUCUUCCUUCUCUCCGGCUCUCAUUGUCCCUUCCGCCUUAUUGGACAGUCGACAAGCUGCAUCAGACAGCAAGUUGAUUCCCACUUCUCUACCACCAAACACUUUGAAGAGCAACCCCCAUAGCUCUUCUGAGGCCUCGCCGCGUUCCCCUAGCACUUCGCUAGUAGAAACUCCCGCAUUAAUACCUCCAAUGCCCGCGUCGUCCCUCCUUGACAAUUCUGCAUUGAUCAACUGUUCGACUUCUUCGUCCCCCGCCAGCCUCAUGGUGACCAAUCCUGCCCUCUUCAGCCACAGCAUGCUGGGGGCCAGCCAUCAUACCCUCCUGCUUGCCAACGCUGCAGUUUCGAACGCUGGCUCCCCAUCUGCUGCAGCAUGGAUAGAUCGCUUCAAAGAAUUCCAAAGUUAUAAAGACCUACACGAGGCUUCCAGAGGCUCUUUGGUUGCAGCAUUCGCUGCUUCUCAACAACAACAGCAGCAACAACAUCAGCAACACCUGAACGCCAUCAACGCUAACGGCGAUGACACGAGCAACGACAGCGGCGGUACGGCUGUAGGCAGCGUUACGGAUGGUGGUUCGAGAUCUGGCUACGCAUCACGGACGUCGGGACAGAACGUGUCGCUCGACCUAUGCGUCGUCUGUGGUGAUCGCGCCUCAGGUCGUCACUACGGAGCCAUCAGUUGUGAAGGCUGUAAAGGUUUUUUCAAGCGCAGCAUCCGCAAGCAGUUGGGCUACACUUGUCGGAACGCAAAAGCGUGCGAGGUGACCAAGCAUCACCGUAAUCGCUGCCAGUACUGCAGGCUACAGAAGUGCCUCAAGAUGGGCAUGCGCAGCGAUUGUAAGACCGAUACUAAGGACUUGUACAAAACUAGCGAUGGCAUGUUGUUCACCGGCCACGCCAAGCCAAGAAAAGCGCUUCACUCAGCCAAGCCUACGGUGCAGUCUGAGCGCAAGCCUUACAUGGGCGGUCUAGGAUCUUUAGACCGAGACAAAGAUGGAUCUCCUCCAGGGCCCAUGAUGUCGAUGGGGUCUUCUUUGGAUGUGACAUCCGGAGGAUCUCACUCCCCUUCACCCGUUACAGUUUCCUCGUUGUCUUCCAUGUCCAUGAACUCCCCCCUCGUGUCAACGCUCGCCGCAUCCAAGCUUAACAACCCUCAGCGGGACAGCCUUCACGAGCUCAGAAUCCAAAUGGCCAGGGCUUUCGAGGGUGCCUUCCAUCCAGUUGACCGGCCCAGAGAUAAUGGUUCCCCGCACUCGCCCACGGACUACAGCACAAUCAAGGAAGAGUUUCCUUCGCUGAACUUCUGCAGUAGCGACAAGUCUCCGUCGGACGGCUCCCCGUCGCCCAGGCCUGAAGCGCGGCUCAACGGAGCGGCAUCUGAUAAUAAGGUGAAUGGCACGAAUUCCGACAACGACUCUACAGACACGGACACUCCAACACCGCAGUCUACUGCCAACACUCCUCAUGACUCUCAGCAACAGUCAACACCAUCGUCAGAAUAUUCGCAGCAAACUCAAGUGAAGUCAGAGUCAGGCAGACAUGGCACUCCUGCUCAGUUAGAUGGACCUUGUGAUCGUACAAGUCCCGAGCCACAUCGUCUACCUGAGCAGUCGGAACCCAUGCAGCUCACCACUACAUCACCAUCGAUAGACCUCAAGCCUUGCGUAACAUCGCCCGGCUACAGCAACUCCAGGCUCAACAGCCUCCACGACAGUGCAGAACUUGAUCCCAAUGCUCCACUGCUCACAGAGUCACUCGUACCCUUUAAUUUAACUGCCCCUUCACCCAUGCCGCCCUUCCUCAACGUGCAUUACAUAUGCGAGAGCGCCUCCAGACUUCUAUUCCUGUCAGUCCACUGGUCCAGGAACAUUCCUGCCUUCCAAUCUCUCAGUCAAUCGCUGCAGAUCCAGCUGGUGCGCGGCUCCUGGAGUGAGAUCUUGUCUCUGGGUCUGGCGCAGUGCAGCGCCACGUUGUCCCUGGACGUUAUUCUCAACGCUAUUUCUCAGCACCUAGCCGCGGCCCUCGACUCUAAUAAAAUAUCUCAGGAGAGGUUUAAGGAGGUCUACGAGCACAUCGCGAGGCUGCAGGAGCUCGUGACGACUCUGAAUAAAAUGUCCCUCGACGAGCACGAGUACGCGUACCUGAAGGCGCUCGUCCUGUUCUCCCUGGACCACGUCUCGCCAGGCUCGCUGACGCCCAGUGAACGCGCCGCUGUCGUCCGUGGUCAGCACAAAGCUACGUCAGAGCUUCGUCAGCACGUGGUCUCUGACAGCAGCCAAGCUCAGGCCAUCGAGAGAUUAGCUCAGCUUCUUCUUUGCCUCCUGACCGUCAGGAAACUUCAGCCUCAGAUAAUGGAAGAGCUUUUCUUCGCCGGUCUUAUCGGUAAUGUUCAAAUCGACUCAGUAAUUCCUUACAUAAUGAAGAUGGAAAUGUCUGAUUAGGCUAUAUUUUAUCUAUGUAAACGUAAUUUUACAAUUAACGAAUGUUUUUUUAGAAACUAUGAAUAAUUUUGAAUGUUAACAGUGCUUGUACAUUACGAAUGUAAUAUAUUUGUUGAUAGCUGCUAAGCGCACGUUAAUCCAAGGCAUUGCCAUUCCGUGCAAAUUAAAGUUUAACGUAGAAAAUAUUAUCGAGGUAGGAAUUAUGUACCGGUAGAGAAAGGCCUAAUAAACCAAAUGUGAUAUUUACACUUAUAUGCAGUACCUACGUAGAAUAUCGGUGAAAGACAAGCAAUUAUCGGGACCUUUACUCUCAUUGAUACUCUGGCGGUAGUAUAGCCUCUUCAAGGCGGCUUCCAAUGAGCCACCUUUCACUUGCUCACUUCAGGAUAAAUAUUAGUUCCACUUAAUCCGACCAUUUCUGCACAUUCUGAGAAACUGUCGUUUUCAGUAUACUCUCAAUUAACACUUGUAUGCUGAUCUGAGCAGUAGAAACAGUACAUUUACUGAAAUAUAGGUAAAUUUCAUAUGCUGAGACAAUUACGGACCUUCGCAGCGCGUCAUCAAUUGGAUUGCCCUUAAAAUCCCUAUUAAUGAAUGCUUGCAUAGCUGUCAACCGUUGUAAUCGUGCAGAGAUUUUCUACAAAACGCAUUGAACAAUAGACCAUAAUUUGUUGUUAAACUUCAAGCUCAAUGAUCGUUAGGUGAAUUGAUGAUGGAAACGAUACACUUCGAUUGUUUAGCUUUUAUCUCAAUAAUGAUUGAAUACGUAAUUAGGUCUUAGAUGGAAACGAUUAAUGUGUAGGUUACGCGCACUGACCAAAUUUAAAUAAAGUGCAACGGAUCAUAGUAUAAACAAGGUGUACUUCCAACUUUAAACAUUCUUGUUGUUUUCUUGUUGUAUCUCGGAAGGCUUGGGUACGAAAUACUGCGGUUAACUCAUCUUAAGAGGGUAUGGUUCAUCCACAACAAUCGUGCUCAACUUGCCUGUCUAGAGGUAACCUAUUAAAUGGCAAUCCUGAUGAAUGUAAAGUAAUCUACCUUUUAACAAGAGUGCCGUGUUUAUACAUAAUAAUUUUAGCUCUGGACAAAACUUGAUCAGUAGUGCGGAGCAUAUUUUUCCUGAAUAUCGUUACUAUACGGGCAUUGGGCAGCCGUAAAGGCAGAGGUUUACCUCGGUUCGGAAGCCUCGUUGUUUUCUCAACGAAAGUAGUCUGCAAAUUUAUCUAUUUCAUCCUCCUAUAGAAAUGGGCGGCGCAGAAAGGGUCGGAAGACAAACGCAGUGACCCGAUACUUCAGCACUGCCCUCAAAUGUACAAAUAUUCUCGUAAAGGUCUCUACCACGUACUUUAUCCUUGUCACGAACUUUGCACGUGAGGUCUUGAAUAUAUGACAAUAAUGAGCACUAUAUCAACGUGUGACCAAUUACUGCGAGUUUGAAGGUCUACAUUAUCGCGCUACUAGCACACUCCAUUUUAUAUACGCAGGAAAGUUUAGUCCAAUAAAUUGACGGUAUUCUGGAAAUAACUUUUUGUCGUCAAUAGCGGUUCAAUAGAUUCUAUGUGAAAAUCUAUAGUUUCAGCUUUGACUUUCUCGCUUCAAUUAGUUGUUAAUUCCAAACAUCGUCAGCUUUUUGUUUUCAUGGCAGUGAAGUGUGAAACGCCGCGAAUGAACAGGGACCAUAUUUGAGCUAAUGCCUUUCCCCGAGAAAUAUCAAAAAAUAUUUUGAUAAUAAUUUGUUAUCGCUUCAGAGAUGCUUUCGUGUAAGACUUGUAGACGCUGUUACGUUUAGAACAAUCGUAUUUUAAAUUAUGUACAGGAUGACUUAAUUGAAACUUUUUUUACAUUUAAGUAGUGAUUUAAACAGUUUCUUCAUUGAAACACACCGCAUUAACGAGCUUCAGUGAUGGAUGCUUCGGUAAAAUGACAACGGAUAUUAUUCUUCUAUUGUACGAUAUUUAGGGACGCGUGCACGAAUUUUAUUUUGAUUAUACCAUGUGCUGCAUUCCUCGCUGGACGAUUUUAUCCGUCACUGCAGUAUGGCAUUGCGAUGGUACGUGCGAGCUGAAGUUUUCGUAGUUACGGCACACGUGAAAACUUUCGACGAUAAACAAUUGUAUAUUGUAAAUAAUACCUGUAAUUAAAAAUGAUGUAUUUUUUCUACACACGUUGUAGUGUUGUAAGUUUAUACGGUGGCCUCUGGUUUACGCCGAGAAAUUGGAUUAGCAUUUCAUGCAAUUUUUAUUCUGGAAGUUGGUGUGCAACGGUGGAUUGCUAUUUAGUAGUUGUUUCUAUGAUGAUUGCUGUCUUAGUGUUCACGUUGCCCUAUCCUGCAUCUUGUGUUCCCCUGAACUCUUCUCCAGUAAUAAGAAUAUUGGCGUUUUUUUUAGUUAUGUGUGAUUGCAUUGAGCUUCUUUAUCCCAAUUUUGAUGCGUUGUUUCUCUCAACUUAAUCUCCUUCCGCACCUUCCUUACAAAACACUCCUUGCAGCAAAGUUACGCGGAGCCUAAUUCCCGGAAAGUCUUGAAAAGUAAGACACUUGUAUCAAUUUCUCCAAUAAAGUUGAUCACAAUAUUUGUGAUAAGUUUCACCAAAAUUUAUCUGCCUCGCGCUUGGGCAUAUGAGCAAAUGUUACUUCGAUUAGUGUAAUUUUUAUGUCGUAUUGAAUGAACGUUGUACGCUUCGCACCUCAACUCCUAUUAAUAGUCCCGAUGAAGACAUCUCUCUUAAGUUUUGGGCAUUAGCUGGCGAGCUGUCUUGAACUUUAGGGCAUCUGAUUACGAGAGAAUUGUUUGCUUCGUAACUCAUGUAUAACUUGACCACUGAAAUGACACGUAUUUUUAACUCGUUGUAAUCAAGCCCCUGUUAAGAGAGUAAGCACUGGUAUGCGGUUAGUUGACAGUCAGUUUGUUCCCUUUUUUGUUUUAUCAUGUGUAUAGAUUUUCCGACAAAUUUAAAGGUUUAAUAUUUUUCUCUCAUUAUUUGUAUUUGUAAGCAUUGGCGUUGAUGCUGAUUAAUAGAUGUCUACUUACAAGUAUGAUUGAAAUAUCUUCAGCGUAAACUAAGUUGUAUCAAAUGUUUGAGCUAACCUGCGCUACAAAAUUAUCACCAUUUCUUCUCCUAUCUUAAUUUUUUUUUGUAAAUCCAUUCCGCCAUUACACAAUAAGAAGUCCGACAACCGGUAGAAAUUUUCUUUCAUGAAUUGUUUUGGCAAUAUUGAAAUCUGAAUGGUCAAUUAUUUUUCGGCGAUUUUAUGUUUAAAAAGGCCUGUGAACUUCUUUCACAUGACCAAUUGAAAUGAAAUUGUUUGCAAGGCCUCAGGAUUUGUGUUGUUCACAUCGCGCCCAAAUGGAAACGACAGGCCUGUUUGUGUUUGAUUGCUUUGUUCAAGCUUCGUAAAUAAUUUACAGACGUUUUGCAAAUCAGGCUGAAUUAAUAAAAUGUGGCAUUUAUAAGUGUUAGCACGUUUUGACAGAAGUCCUAAUCUCAUAUGAAGCAGAUGUACUUCAUGUGUGAGAACUAGAAAGGAGGCAUACUUCUCAUCUCAUUUGCUAUUGGGCAUUGACAUUUUUUUUGCGAAAAGGAAGUCAUUUAUUACUAUUAUUUCACUAGCUUCCACACUUUAUGCUUUUGAUUAGCAGGUGCCCAGCCCUCAUUUCUUUGUUCGUGGAUUUUUCCCGUAGUUAAUCUUGAUCGCCCAUAAAAAUUGAGACAAGGCAGCAAAGAGCAAUUGUAAUUUCACGAGCUUAUACAAAUUAACGAUAUAAUUAUAUUAUUUCGAGAUAAAAAGCCACCAGCCAUCCCACCCGUCUCACUAAAUCUCACGCUCGACUAAAUUUGCAAUUUUCUUGAACCACGUACAUCGAAGAUGGUAGGCUUUUAUUAUUUAGGGAAAAAGCUUAGGUUUGAUUCUUAAACGUUAUUUUAUGCUUCUUUUCUUGCAUUAGAGUUGAGUUGAAGGCAUUAUAACUGCCAGAGAACUUUGUUCCGUAUUACUACGUGUUGCCUCUUGCGCUUUUGUGUUCAAUUAUACAGUCUGACCACGGGGUGAAGAUAUUCCAUACACGUGCUGGUCCCGAUGAUGAGUGAACCGUGAGUCUCGGUACUCGGUAUCAUCGUUAGUGGUUCAUUGUCUCACUCUUCUCGUUCGAACGCUCAAAGUGAUGUACGCCUACGUAAAGCGCAUUAAUUGUUACGUUUUUAGGUUUUGUCGAGUGAUGUAUCUGCAGACGUGAGUGAUAAGUAUUACUUCAUCUCUUAUGCACCUGGUCCCAUAUAUACGUGAUGCUGUAUAAUUCACCUCUUCCCCCCUAUGUGUUUGUAUCAUAAUUUCUUGAACAAAUUGAAGUAAUAUCGCCUAGUUGUAUUUAAUUUCAUAAGACCACCUAAGAAGACAUUAGCUUUACCUCUCCAUUUUGUUCAUCUCAAGUCCAACGCCAAUAAAUUUUGUAAUCGUU